AAAAUGCCGAGUUCUAAUAAUAAACCAUCAAGUCGAUCCUUUGGGAUCAAGACCGAUUCGUCGGGACGACAAAUACAUGUAGAGAUCAGCGAAAAAGCCGGAGUACAAGCCGAUAAUCUAUCCCUUGCGACAUGGGGCUCUUCAUUCAUCCUUUCCAACAUAUUAUAUCGAUUUACCGACCAUCUCCAUGAAAAUAGUGUGGGCGAUUUUCAAGAUGCACAUACGAUCCCAAUUCUAGAGCUAGGUGCCGGCACAGGCCUGGUCGGCCUUUCAGCAUCUUUGAUCUGGAAACGUCCCGUCAUCCUGACCGACCUCGCACCCAUCCUUCCCGGCCUCGCUCAAAAUCUAGAGCUCAAUGCCUCACAAUUGGCAGCCGCCGGCGUCGAGCCGUCAUAUGGCACGCUCGACUGGACAUCUCCAACACAACUCUCAAUCGCACAACCAGGCGACGCGGAUGACAUAGUUUUGAAGUCCGCGAACUCGAAAGCUCAGGUCAUCAUGGCAGCGGAUACGUGCUACUCGGACGAGCACCCAGAACUCAUGGUGCAGACGAUUCAGGCCUGGUUGGCAGCGGGACCGACGGCGAGAGUAUUCAUCACGUAUGCGCAGCGAGUGGCGUAUCUCGAUGCGAUUCGCGAAUUGUGGGAGAGGUUGGAGACUGCGGGGUUGGAAUGUUUUGAUUACGGCUGUGAGGUUGGCGACGAUCAUUGGGACGAGAGCGCUCCGUUUGAAUGGACGGUUUGGCGAUGGAAAAUGUAGAAUCUCGCGGUGCAGAUAUCAGGUUUCAUCAUUUCGGCGGAUGUGGACUAUCAGACAGCGUACAGAAUGUCUUUUUGGACCUGCAUGUCAUCUGUGUGGUCAAUUGACUGAAACGUCUGCUCUCGGCCAUCAUCUCUAUGCGAGGGCAUUUACAUUCACAUCUGGCGAACAUGGUUGCUAUGCACACAGGCC